AUGGAGCCGCAAGCACACGGAUCCCGGUUCCGGCUGCCUUUCUUCUUCCCUUGGCGCACACGACCAGGCUCUUCUUCCAAGCUCCCUACACCUGUCUCCCCAGUAAACUCCGGGGACCCUAAACUGGCUUCCUCUCCCCAGACCGAGGGUCGGGCCAGCUUCUGGAUGAAGCUACUUUCCCAGGUUUUUGCGCCGCUCCCUAGCUUGUUGCAAAAGCUGCUGAUUUGGAGCCAACUUUUCGGUGGCCUCAUUCCGACCAGAUGGCUGGAGUUGACUGGAGGCUACAGCGCCCUGAGAGUCCUGGGGAGACGGGAGAAACCUGCUGACCCUUCCGCCCAGAAAUCUGGGAGUUCGCUGCGGCUCGAUCCUUCGGACGACUCGGCUGCCAGCCCCCUAGAUUGGCUAGAGGAGGGCAUCUGGCAGUGCUCGUCUCCAGACCUGGAAUUGGCACUGAAAGCCAAGGGCGGUGCGUUGGACCCGGCCGCGCACACUUUCCUUUUUGAGCAGCAGCUGUGGAGGGUGGAGCUGCUGCCCAGCAGUCUUCGAGGCCGGCUCUUCUCGGACCCUGAACUGGGCUCUUUGUACUCUGGGUCGCUCAACAUUCGGCGUUUGAGCGACUUGGACGUAGUCUCCUAUUUGCUGCCCCCCUCAUACCUGCACUGCCUUCCCCGGCUGGAGCUCAAUUAUCAGGACAGCGCGGGGAGUGAUGAGCUCUUGGAUUGUCAGACUUUGACUCCAGAGAGCAGCUGUCUGGCUGAUGACCAGUGUCCCCCCCAGCCACUGAAGGCUGAGUUCACUCCAGCCUCGUGGCAGGGAUGCCCCCCGCUUUCUAGAGAAGGACUGCCCGAAAUCCAUCAUCUGCGCAUGAAACGGCUGGAAUUCCUGCAGCAGGCUAGCCAAGGGCCCGCGUUACCCAGCCCUGACCAAGACCAUGGUUACCACAGUCUGGAGGAGGAGCACAGCCUUCUCCGGAAGGACCUGACCCCGUUGGUUUCUCCUGCGGAAGCCAGUCCAAAAAGCGCCCAGGAAGUCACGGAGGGAAACGACUCGUUAGCUAAAGAACUUCCCCUAGGUCCGGAGAAACAAGACGAUUUGGAAAGCUGCCUAUCUUGUGAGGUCUCUGGGGAGACAGAGCCUGCAGGGGACCAACUGAGUGGAAUUGAAGACUCGGACAUCGAAGAUGACCUUCCGGUGUCUGCCCGACCCGCCUGUAGUAACAAACUGAUCGAUUACAUUUUGGGAGGGGCGUCCAGCGACCAGGAGUCAAGUUCUGGUUCGGAAGGUGGGGAUUGGGAUGAGGAAGCGGAGGAUGAUGGGUUUGACAGCGAGAGCUCACUUUCGGAGUCAGACCUUGACUCAGACGCCGAAGGGCUUCACCUUUGGAAUUCGUUCUACAGUGUCGACCCUUAUGAUCCCCAGAACUUUACCGCGACGAUUCAGACGGCUGCCAGCACUGGGCCUGGAGACCCCUGGGAUUGCCAGAAGGAUCUGUCCGACAAAUCUGAUGAAGAGAAUUCUCCCCAGACUGCAAGAAGGCUUCCCGAGUCUCCUGACCCUAACUGUGCAGAGGAAGAUGACUGGGAAUCGAGCGCAGAUGAGGCCGAGAGUCUCAGACUAUGGAACUCUUUCUGCCACUCCGAUGACCCCUACAACCUUUUGAAUUUUAAGGCUCCCUGUCAAACAUCAGGGAAAAAUCGGAAAGGCCAUGGGGACUCAAAUGAACCCUUGGUGGUCAUGUCUGAGUGUCACACUUUACUUUCUUGUAAGGUGCAGCCGUUAGGGAGUCAAGAAAAUGACCCUCCAGACUUGGUACACUGCCAGCUGCUUUAUGGGGAAAGACAUAGGCAUAUCAAAAGAAAAAAGGUAACCUUUCUUGAAGAAGUUACUGAGUAUUAUAUAAGUGGUGACGAGGAUCGCAAAGGACCCUGGGAAGAAUUUGCACGAGAUGGGUGCAGAUUCCAGAAAAGAAUUCAAGAAACUGAAGAUGCUAUUGGAUAUUGCUUGACAUUUGAGCACAGAGAAAGAAUGUUUAAUAGACUCCAAGAAACGUGCUUCAAAGGACUUAAUCUUUUCACACAUUGUUAG